AUGGUCCCUCUGAUGACUACCAACGGCAACAGCAUCGAAGUGCAGUCGACCCUCGAUACUUCUCCCGUUGGUCCAUCCGUGUCUAGAGUAGACGCUGGCAUAAACCACGACAAUCUCCCACAGACCAACCUCCUCAAACCAACCACAACCAUGCUCUUUACCCGUACCCUCAUCAUUUCCACCCUCACCCUCCUCGCCAACACACAAACCGCCCCCACAGACGCAGCGAACCCGACCAUCACACCCGCCGCCCUCCCCACCCAGGUCAUCGCUUCGAUCGAAAAUUACCUUUCUUCCCUCGAAACGCAACCAGAAUUCAGCUCCGCCAUCCAAGCGCUCACAUCCGCCAUGCCAGCCUCCAUACUCAACCAGAUCGAGAACGACCCAGGGGACUACUUGAGCUCCGUUUUGGGAGCCGGGGCACAACCAAGCUGGAUCAGUGCGGUGCCGACCAGCUACAUUAGUUACUUCUCGAGCAUUGGGGCUGCGGAGGCGAGCAUUAUCACUCAGACUGCUGCGGGGCCGGCGCCGACGAAUGGCCCGCGGGUGAAGGUUGUCGGGGCUGCGUUGGCGAUGGGGGCUGCUGGGCUUGCGCUGCUGUGA